AUGUACAAACAAAUGCAGGUAAUUCGUAAAAUGGAGCAAGCAUCAGACUUAUUAUAUAAGGAUCGAAAAAUUCGUGGUUUUUGUCAUCUCUAUGCUGGACAGGAAGCUUGUGCUGUUGGACUUUAUGCUGCAAAACAUCCCGAUGAUUCCAUUAUAACUUCUUAUCGUUGCCACGGAUUUACCUAUUUAGUUAGAAAUAGUGUAAAAGAAAUUCUUUCAGAACUGCUUGGCCGUUCGCAUGGUAACGUUAACGGAAAAGGUGGUUCGAUGCAUAUGUACGGCAAAAACUAUUAUGGCGGUAAUGGAAUUGUUGGUGCGCAACAACCACUUGGCGCUGGCAUAGCUUUUGCAAUAAAAUAUAAUCAUAAGCCAAAUGUAUCUUUCACUAUAUACGGUGAUGGUGCUGCAAAUCAGGGGCAACUUUUUGAGGCAAUUUCAGCAGCAAACAUUUGUGCGUUAUGGCAUUUACCAUGUGUUUUUAUUUGUGAAAAUAAUGGUUAUGGUAUGGGUACACCAACUUCACGCUCUUCCGCCUCAACAGAUUAUUAUACCCGUGGCGAUUUUAUUCCCGGAAUUUGGGUUGAUGCCAUGGAUGUGCUUGCGGUACGAGAGUCGAUUAAGUUCGCCAGAAAAUAUUGCACUGCUGGUGAUAAUUGUCCAUUAUUUAUCGAAUUUGCAACUUAUCGAUUCUAUGGUCAUUCUGUUUCUGAUCCAGGAACAAGCUAUCGAACUCGUGAAGAAGUGCAGAAUAUACGUAAAACAUGCGAUCCGAUUUCGCUAUUGAAAAAUCGAAUCAUUACAUCAAAUUUGGCAACAAAAAAUGAAUUGAAAGCAAUUGAUAAUGAAGCAAAAGAUGAGGUCAACGAAGCAGUUAAAUUUGCGACAGAUGAUCCAGUAAUUUCUAUGGAUGCACUUGUCACCGAUAUCUAUCACAACACACCACCGAUAAUUGUCCGCGGUCAUACAAUGGAUGAUAUCAAAGUGCAACCACACACUCGAACAAGUGAAAUAUUUAAGAAAUUCUAA